AAGAGAGUGGAGAAGAAGAGAGAGAAAGCCACAGGGGUCGACAAUGGCCGUUGCGGCGUCGGGGUUCCUGGGGAAAUCUGCGAUCUCCGGUCAGCGUAUGAAAAGUCGAGAUUGCCCUUGGGAUGCGGUCAAAUUUUCGCGACUGACACUUCCCGUCUCUGCGCAGAAGCCACUGGUGGUGUUGUCCCUCGCCUUGUCGUCUCCGGCGAUCGCCGUGGAAUCUCCGCCGGUUGGAUACCGGAAAAAUGUCGGGAUUUGUCUCGUGAAUCCCUCCAAAAAGAUAUUUACUGCAGCGAAGAUCCACGUUCCAGAUACAUGGCAGAUGCCUCAGGGUGGAGCUGAUGAGGGUGAAGAUCUGAGAAAGGCGGCCAUUAGAGAGUUGAGAGAAGAAACAGGAGUUACCUCGGCGGAAUUUAUUGCAGAGGUACCCAACUGGCUGACCUAUGAUUUUCCCCGACAGGUAAGAAAUAAACUGAAUCGCAAGUGGGGAACGAGUUACAAAGGCCAGGCUCAGAAGUGGUUUCUUUUCAAGUUCACGGGCAAGGAGGAGGAGAUAAAUCUCCUUGGUGAUGGAACUGCAAAACCCGAGUUUAAGGUUUGGUCAUGGAUGCUACCUGAGCAAGUAGUUGAACUUGCAGUAGAUUUCAAGAGGCCGGUCUACGAGCAAGUCAUAAAGGUUUUCAGCCCCUAUUUUCUCGAUGAUGAAGAAAACGAUUCCAUGACAUGAUGAGGCCUGAAUUUCUAUGGAGUUUUCUUUACCAUUACCUCGACAAGUCGAGGUUGCACAAAAAUUAUCAUUUUGUUUAGGUAAAAGAACAAUGCAGUUAACGAAAAGCCGGAAAUCAGUACAGGCCUUGUUGAAUCCAUUGUAUAUGAUCUUCAAAUAUCUUGAGUUGGAACAUUCUUGUACAAUAUUCAUCAAAGGAGAAACAUUCAUUCAUUUAAGUUUGUAAAAGA